AAACAUACAGUUUUGUCGCACGCAUUUCUGACAGCGGUCAAAAAUAUGGGUAAAUCAGCAUUCUGCUUGGCAGCCUUGGCUGUGUUGGCGGCUGUCGUCGCGGAGGAAUUGUAUUCAGAUAUGUUUGAUCACAUCAAUCCCGACGAUAUCUUGCCCAAUGACGAGCUUCGGAAUCAAUAUUACAACUGUAUCAUGGACACCGGCCCCUGCGUUACUGACGACCAGAAAUACAUGAAAGAACACGCUGCAGAAGCGUUUGCAACGAAAUGUCGCAAAUGCACCGAAGUACAGAAGCAAAAUCUCGAGAAGGUAAUCGGAUGGUACACUGAGAACCGCCCGGACGAAUGGACCGCUCUAAUGCAGAAGCUGAUGGAGGACGCAAAAAAGAUGAAUAUCUCUCCCGUUUAAUGUUACUAAAUGAUCCACUGAUAGAUACAUAUCACUGUUGCACGUUUUACUUAGGAAGAUUUGCAGAAACAAUGAUCUUGCUUCUGCACAGCUUUCGGAGAUAUAGAGCAGUAUCAUAAGCACGUACAACACGAAGGCAAGAAUUAACGGUAUGCAUAUUAGCAAUUGUAACCGAUAAUAAAAGUCGCUCAGUGUGUCACCGAAAAA